UUCAGUUCUAAAACUGACUCCAUUGCAAAGAUGUUUAAACUGUUCCUCCUAGUAGCUUUCUUGUUAGCCGAUGUCCAUGGCCUGACAGUAAGACCAUGUGCCAACAAUGCUCCCAUCCCUGAAGAGGUGCGAGUCGUUGAUUGCUACGAGGAACCGUGCAUGAUUCCGCUCGGAGGAAUGGUCGACAUGGAUCUAGAUUUCAUUGCAAAUCAAGAUAGUACCACUGUAGCGGCAGCCUUGAACAUUUUUCUCGGCGAUUUUCGAGUACCAUACGAGCUGCCGGCCGAUCAGCAGAAUGCUUGUAAUUUCUUCUACGGACGUGGUUGCCCUAUUCAACAAGGGGAGAAUAUCAACUAUCAUCUCAGUACCCCGGCCUCGGCUCCAUUUGCCGAUGUGACUGUCGAUCUGCAACUUCAGCUAACCGGAGACGAUGGAGAACCACUGUUUUGUUUCCGCUCGUCGGCAAGAAUUGUAGCGGCUUGAUGAUCGAGUUUAUACUUCGAUACAGUAAGAAGCGAUUCUGAAAUGAUCUAACAGGCUAAUAAAUAACACCUUUAGGUAGCAUGAUACUGUCUA